GAUUCGAAUUGAGUUGUAUUCAACUAGUAGAGUUAGACAGGAAGUAACGAUAAAGGGGGUAUACAGAUUUGUUAAUAAUGGUUUCUCAAACUUCCGAUCCUCUUUGUGAGUCUCUUAAAGCUGCUCUAAGGGAUUGGUGUAGGACGAAUUGUAGUUUUACGGAUAAUCUAUCAAUAACUGGCAGUAUUCACCUUUCAUGCGACGGACACGCAAUGUUGAAUUGUCUAUUGCAAGAGAAUAUCAAUCCCAAAGCGCCUAUUAAGCCUAAAAGAUUAAGGAGGAAGAGUUUUACGUCCUCUGCUACUUCAUUGGUUGAAAAAUGCCUUCAACCGCCUGCGGACGAGAAAGAAGAGAAAGGCAUGAAACAGUCUACGAGCGGCUCUUCAAUCCAAUCUAAACUGAAAGCUUUAUAUCCGAAGAAAAAUAAGGUUAGUAAGGAACAGAAAAUCGAUACUCCGAAUGUGGACGCUUUUACUCAAACACCGUCCCGAAAGACGCAGACAGUUGUCGAAAGGCUCUUCGAUAAGUCGAGUACGAUCGCUUCCCCACCAGUUGAACUACCGUCAGAUAUUUUAAAUGUUAGUAAGAAAUCAACAAAAAGUAAUCGUCAAAGAUCUUUUUCAUUUACCGAAUCAAAACGCUCUAAGCGUCAAAAAUACGACGAUACGCUACUUUCGCUAACUGAUGGAGAAGACGAUGAACCGCUGGAAGUAAAGGAUCUAUCUAAAUCUACAACUGAAAUUGGUUGCACACUUUGUAAUCGUCAUUUUCCUUCGACGUCUUGCUUGAAAGAGCACGUGAUCAAAGUACAUAUGCAAAUUAAAAUGCAUUCGUGCGAUAUGUGUGACAGAGAUUUCUACUCAAAAGGCGCCUUAAAAAUGCAUAAAAUGAGGCAACACGAUCCGGUUGAGAAUCAAAUACGUUGCACCGUCUGCGAAAAAUCGUUCAUUCUAGCGUAUGAAUUAAGGGAACACUUGGUGGUUGAUCAUGGCGAUAGCUCAAUCGUGGAAGAAGAUGGCAGUCCAAACAAAACUAAGGCAAUAGAAACAGCCGUUUAA